AUGUCGAAAAAGGGAGGACAGGCAGCCGCUGCUGCAGCAGCUUCUUUCGUCAAGCUGAUCGUCCCCGCAGGCAAGGCUUCCGCGCAGCCUCCGGUCGGACCUGCGCUUGGUGCCAAGGGUGUCAAAGCCAUGGAUUUCGCCAAGGAGUUCAACGCAAAGACGGCCCACCUCGAGGUCGGCAUCCCCACGCCUGCCAUUGUCAAGAUCAACCCGGACCGUACCUUUUCUUUCGAGAUCAAGACCCCGCCAACAUCAUUACUCCUGAAACGAGCCGCAGGAAUCGAGACAGGCGCCGGCAAAGCGGGUUCGCAAGUAGCAGGUACUAUCACGAUGAAGCACAUCUACGAGAUUGCCAAGAUCAAGAUGGAAGAUGUGAAAGGCGUGGGAGAGGAACAGAUGUGCAAGGUGAUUGCUGGAAGCGCACGCAGCAUGGGUCUUCGCAUCGUGCGUUGA